GAUUGCUUCUUCGGGGCUUGAAAGAUCCGAGAAUAUCAAGUCUACUUAUCCGUGCCUUGAAUGGUUUCGCAAUAUUAAAUGAAACCAUCCCACAAUUGAAUACGCUUCGAGAUGCCUCCAAAGUUAGAAGCUCUCCCAACUUGCCCGUCGACAUCAAACUUCAAAGGAACGGCAACAAUAUGUCUAGUUUUGUCAUUUAUGGAAUCAGAAAGUUCAGAGAACGACAGAAAGCCAAGGUUGAGCAAGCAAUCCCUCACCAAAGCCAAAGUUAUGGUUCUUCUUACGAACUUGUAGAACCGAAUCGCACGGCCCCGUUGAACGCUGAUGUAGCCACUGCCAGGCAAACGAGAAAUCAGUCUCCGGAGACUGCAAAGGGAGCAAAAGAAAACACAAGAAUCGUUCAAGACGCCAAGAAGCGGCGGAAUCUUCGUUAUAAGGUUCUGUUUGGCCUUGCUCUGCCAUUCGCUCUUCAGUCUCUGGACACAACCAUUAUGGCUUCCGCACUUCCUUUCAUCGCCGCUGAUUUCAACCAGUUACAGCAAUUGAACUGGAUUAUUUCCGUUUUCAACUUGACAUCAGCCGCAUUCCUACCAUUUUGGGCCCAGAUCGCCGAUGUGUUCGGCCGUCAUGUUACGAUACACACUGUCAUUAUUAUCCUGACUAUCGGGAGUGCCAUCUGCACCGGUUCUCCAACGUCUUCAUUUGGCCUCUUACUAUUCGGCCGUGCUCUGCAAGGAGUAGGCGCAGCUGGAGUCAACGUUACCGGGCACAUCAUUAUGGCGGACCGCGUUUCGCUUGAAGAUUUCGCCUGGAACUGGACACUUUCUGCCCUUAUAUCUGCAGUAUUUUUCGGAAUCGGCCCCGUCGUAGGCGGAUAUCUAACGCAGGUCAGCUGGCGAUGGUGCUUCGCGAUCAACCUUCCUAUCGCCGUGGCCGCUAUAUUGUUUAUUGUCAUACUGCUUAGAAAGGAACUGGUCGGCUCACAGCCAAUCCCGGAAAUAGAAAACCUAGAAACAUUGCCGGGAUACCGACGCAUUUUAGCACGCCUUUCGACCAUUGACUACGGGGGCCAGCUCUUGUUCCUCGGUGGUCUUGCGUUGCUAAUUCUAGGCCUCACAUGGGCAGGAGGUUCGUAUCCGUGGGCAUCAGUCCAAGUCAUUUGCCCGCUGGUCAUUGGUGCGGUGCUAACGAUCACGUGGAUCGUCUACGAGUACCUGAUGUCUCCACCUCGCAUAAUGUCCCGUCUGUUUCCAGUCCAGAAAGCUAUGCUAUCAUGGGAGUUGCUCCUGCACCGAGAUAUCAAACUUCUCUUCUUCAUCAACUUUACUGUGGGCAUGGGUAUGUUCGCGGUCAUGUAUUUCAUGGACCUUUAUUUCACCCUUGUGCUGGGGUUGAGCUCGAGUGAAGCAGGCAAGUAUCUGCUUUAUUAUUUACCCGGCCUAGCUGUUGGCGCCUACAUGGCUCAAUACUCGGUGAAUACCUGGCCUAGGCAGACAUUUCCACCCCUUUUCCUGGGUUCCAUUACUUCUGCAAUAGGCAUCACAGUCCUGGCCUGGGCCACACAUGUAGGGAACACGAGCGUGAUUCUAGGCAUGAUGGCGCUGACGGGUCACGGCGUGGGGAUGCGAAUGAACCCCGGUGCACUGCAUGGGCUCGCCUACUUCCCUACCUUAACCGCCCAAAUAACAUGUCUGGUGUCUCUUGCUAUACCCUUGGGCGGAACCGUAGCGCUGACGAUCAUGUCCACGGUGUUUAACAACAAGAGUGGAGUCGACAGCCGAGAAGCCAAGACUGGCAUUAUGUAUGCAUUCAUCUCUCUAAUCCCAUUCAUGUGGAUCUGUGUCGCUGUUGCUACUUUUUUGGGUAACGCAUGGAUUCUUGAAGACAGGGGCCAUGAGAUCGUGCAUGGAAGUUACUUUUGGAGUUAUAUCACGGGAACACAGCUUCAGCGGGAAAAGAGAUCUCGUGGUCGUCACCAUUCAUUGGAAGAGGAUUCAACACAAGGUGGAUAUUCACAGCAUACUCAGACAGUAGGCACGUAGAUUUCGUCUGAACUUCCGGUAGCCGUUCAAGUCAUUCGAGAGCACACGGCCUGGC